UAGCUGAUUAUUCUCUGUACUGAAGCGGAUAAGGAUGAAAGUCUGUCAAGUUACUUACUAAACAAGCAUAUGUGUAUUUUUUCCGUGAAUCACACAUAUGUGACCUAGUAAAUGACGAAAUAAUUGGUAAUUAUUAAAUAUAUUCCAAAUGAUCAUUUAAACUUCCUGAAAUAAUAAAAAAUACGUUGACGGCACUUUUUUGACAAGCUCCUAUAGAGGAUGUAGCUUCAAGACCUGUAAUUUACUUAUCUAUGGUGAUAUUUGAUAAUUCUAAACGGUGUCAGUGAUUAACUUUUGAAGACAAUAAGUAAAUUACUUACUUGCUUCAUAAACUGAUGACUAAAGCUUAAGAUUAAGUCAAGAUUACAUUUAAAUUAAAUAAAGUAAAAGUAUUUUCAUCAAGAUGUCUGUUGCAUCUCCUUCAUCACCGGUUCAAAUGAUUAACCAGGAAAAACUCUCUUCAGAAAUAACAGAUUACUCGAGCAUCAGAGGAAAGGAUGUUCUUGUCAGUCCAUCUGAACAUCAAUAUGAACUGCUAUUGAAAAAAUUAAAGGAACGAAUCGAUGAUGGUGGUAGUGAAACAAUAUUUAAUAUUGGAAUGGGAGAAGAUGGAUCAGAAGAAGGCCUUAAACCAGAUGAAUAUGAAGCUUCAAUAGCUACUUUACAGUCAUUGGCGGCAACUCUAGAAGCUGAUUGUGUUCUACUUCGACAGAGUAAAGUGGACCAAGGUUUAACAGGCCAAUACCUGGUGCGAAAACGGCUAAAUCAGCAGGAUUUCUUGGAGAUUAGAGUAGCAGUUGUGGGUAAUGUGGAUGCUGGAAAAUCAACAUUAUUAGGGGUUUUAACACAUGGAGAACUUGAUAAUGGACGAGGGCUUGCCAGGCAAAGACUUUUUAGACAUAAGCAUGAAGCUGAGACAGGCCGAACUAGUUCGGUUGGAAAUGAUAUUUUAGGAUUUGACAGCAUUGGUAAUGUAGUGAACAAACCGGAACAUGGAUCUUUAGAUUGGGUUAAAAUAUGUGAAAAAUCUUCGAAAGUUAUAACUUUUAUUGACCUAGCUGGUCAUGAACGGUAUUUAAAAACAACAGUUUUUGGAAUGACAGGACAUGCUCCCGAUUUUGGAAUGUUAAUGGUGGGAGCUAAUGCAGGAAUAGUUGGAAUGACUAAAGAACAUUUAGGUCUUGCUUUAGCACUAUCAGUACCAGUUUUUGUGGUCGUUACUAAAAUAGAUAUGUGUCCGCAAAACAUUUUACAAGAAAAUCUGAGACUGUUAAUUCGUAUCCUUAAAUCACCGGGUUGCAGAAAAGUACCUGUGACUGUAAAAACUCCUGAUGACGUUGUAGUUAGUGCUACGAAUUUUGUCUCUGAAAGAUUAUGUCCAAUAUUUCAAGUUUCAAAUGUCACAGGAGAAAAUCUAAAUUUGCUCAAAAUGUUUUUAAAUUUAUUAACGGCACGAAUAACAAGCCAUGAUGAUGAACCUGCUGAAUAUCAAAUCGAUGAUACUUAUUCCGUGCCUGGAGUUGGAACAGUGGUAUCUGGUACAACAUUAAAAGGUGUUAUAAAACUCAAUGAUAUCCUUUUAUUAGGUCCAGAUCCUCUGGGUCAUUUUACUCCAAUCACUGUUAAAAGUAUUCAUCGAAAGCGAAUGCCAGUAACGGAAGUGAGAGGUGGCCAGACUGCGAGUUUUGCUUUAAAGAAAAUAAAACGAUCUCAAAUACGCAAAGGAAUGGUGAUGGUAUCACCGUCAUUGAACCCUCAAGCAUGCUGGGAAUUUGAAGGAGAAAUUUUAGUAUUACAUCAUCCGACCACAAUCAGUUCCCGUUAUCAAGCUAUGGUUCACUGCGGCAGCAUUCGACAGACAGCUUCGAUACUUUCUAUGUCUCAAGAUUGUCUACGAACCGGCGAUAAAGCAUUGGUUCAUUUUAGAUUUAUUAAGCAUCCAGAAUAUAUUAAACCUGGACAACGAAUGGUGUUUAGAGAGGGUCGUACUAAAGCAGUAGGAAACGUUGUAAGAUUAAUUCCACAUUCAAGCACCACAAACUCACAUAGUUCACGUUCUGGGAAACAGCAAAAUAAAAAUCAGCAAGCUCGAGGAUCUACUUCCGCAUAUGUGGCAGACAAUGAAAUAAGUGAAGCAGUAGCUGCUUCAAAGCGUGAAAACUUGCCGCAAAAAUUAAUGUCUGGUCCAAUGAGUAAAAGAGGGAAAGGUCGAAUAAAUAAUCGAUCGCAUAGUGGUAUAACUACUACUGUUCAGCCACUCGCAGAGCAAAAUCCCCCAACUUCAACUUAAAAAAAAAGAAAAUUUAAUGUACAGAUUAUAUAAGUACUAACUUCCAUCUUUUUAUUUUGACCGUUAAAAUUUUGUUUGUUUAAAAGAGAAAUUACUUACGCUAGCUCUGGUAAAAGUUUUCAUAACACAAAAAAAGAAAAAUAUAAAUAAUCAUAUGUAUAUGCACCAAUCUAAAAUAAAAUUUAUUCAUCAUUAAUAACCAGUGAUGGAUAAUUGAAAUAUGUAUUUUCUCAAAUCAUAAAUUUAUUAAUUAAAAGUAUAGUUUUAAUUUGGCAUAACUACAAUUGAUAAUUGAGUCUAUUUUUUUUUCAUUUCUUCUUUUGCAUUUUCAAUGCUACUUUUGACAUUUUGUGCAAAUUUCUGAGCAAUGUUUUUUAAUUGAAUAGCAAAUUCUUUCGGAUCUGAUGGUAAUUUAUGGGUUUCGGUAAUCGAACCAGCUCGCGACAACAAGUAUACAACAAAUUGUGCAGCUCUUCGCAUUGGCCUAGAGUCUGCCAACUUGGAGAUAAGUCUUUCAUUGUUCAUUAAAUAUCGCAAUAAAAACCGUAACAUUAUUAA